AUGCCAACAAACGGCGAUCGCGGAUUCUUAGCCGCCUCUGAAGACAGAAUAAACUCUAAUAGGUUAAACUACUUGAUGUCAGGAUUGAAGCCGAGCUGGUAUCACGCGACGAAUAUUGCCCUGCACGCCAUUGCAUGCGUUUUGGUCACAAGGGUGAGCCUAGCGGUGGCGUCGUUGCGUCCAGGAUUUGCUGCUCUGACAGGCCUGCUGUUUGCUGCUCAUCCUGUACAUACUGAAGCGGUGACUGGCAUCGUAGGACGAGCAGACGUACUUGCUUGUAUCUUCUUCUUGUUGUCUUUUCUAGCUUAUCACGGGCAGCAGACGGCUUACGUGUGGAGCAGCGUGUGCCUAGGAGCGCUGUCGAUGCUCGCCAAGGAAACAGGCAUUACUGUUUUGCCUCUAAACCUUCUUUACGACCUCUGUCGCUCCUGGCAUUCAAUCAAGAGGUCUAUUUUCGAAGCCAGAUGGAACGACGACUCGAGACACUUUUUUCUCCGAGCUGCAGCUCUGCUUGUUUCGUUUGGCGUGCUGUUGAUGGUUCGUCUCGCUCUCCUUCACGGCGUUCUACCGAAGUUCUCGCCGCAGGAUAAUCCGGCAGCUUUUCAUCCCUGUUUCCACGUCAGAUUAUUGACGUUCUGCUAUCUGGCAGCGCUGAAUUGCUGGUUGCUACUCUGCCCUACGACGCUGUCGCACGAUUGGCAAAUGGGAUCCGUUCCUUUGGUCGCUUCUCUGGCAGACACCAGAAAUCUAGCGACCUGUCUCUUCUUCGGCGGCUGUUUGAUCCUCACGUACAAAGCCUUCACGGAUUUCGAGCAACAGAGGCACCCGCCUCUUCUUCUUGGUUGCAUGUUCCUGGUACUGCCGUUCCUGCCCGCAUCCAAUCUUUUUAUUACCGUUGGAUUCGUCGUCGCGGAACGAGUACUGUACAUGCCCAGUGUCGGAUGGAUCCUUUUGGUCGUGUACGGGAUGCAAAUCAGCUGGACGGCCAUUCCGCGCAGAAGAAGUCUGAUCACAACGGGAAUCGUUCUACUGCUGCUCCUAGGAUGUUACAAAACGGUGCUUCGGAACAGAGACUGGACGUCUAGAGAAACCCUACUCAGAUCCGGCCUGCGGUCUCUUCCCCACAACGCCAAGAUGCAUUACAACUUCGCCAACUUCCUGCGCGACACGUCGCAAUCGAACCGUGCCAUUUUACAUUACCAGCUGGCUCUUUGGCUGUGGCCGACGUACGCCAGCGCGCAUAACAACCUCGGAACACUCACCGUCGGCUAUCAAGCGGAGCAACACUUUUUGGCAGCGAUACGUGCCCAUCCGGGCCACGUGAACGCACAUUACAAUCUUGGUCUACUCUACAGGAAAACGAACAGGACGGAGGAAUGUAUACGAAUGCUGAAAAAAUGCGUGUCCCUGGACCCGGCCUACACGCCAGCCUACUUGGUCCUGGCGAGAUUGGUUACAGGACCAACCGCUGGCAUACUUCUGCGACACGUGGUCCGGCUGCAACCAAGAAGUCCCGACCAUCUCGCCGAAUAUGCAUCGUGGCUGUACCAGAAUGGCAAAUGGCUACCCUCCCUCAAGUACUAUCUCAAAGCCAUGGAGGUCUCACCGUCGCACAGAUUGUCGCUUCUGGGAACGGUCAGGAUACUGAGGUCGCGGGGUCAGUGGCCAAGAGUGCAUCAACUUAUCACCAGAUGGCACCUGAUGUUACGAGCGAAACGGGGCGGCCUCAUAUAUCGUGGCGAUCUUUACAUACGCGCGUGGCAGUUGCAAAGUGAAUCUCGCCGUCGAGCACAUCAGCACCAAGGGAAUAUCUGCUUAUCGGAGGGCGGCUGCUCUACCCCGCGUGUCGCCAGCGUGUCAGUGCAGCUCGAGCAGGACAGCAACAAGUCGGAACAGCUGGAGCGGGCGCCUCGCUGCAACGUACGUACCUGUAGACAGUCGAGAAAGGGGAAAACACGCGUGACCGCUUCCGCUCUCCUCGUCCAGAACCUCCUGGAGACGCUCUAG